AUGAGCAAACGAAGCAUUCAAGAUUUUAAAAAGCAAUUUCGGAUCAAAAAUAAGAAAAGAAAAAAGAAAAAACUUGUGCUCCAAGAAAUAUUUUCAGAUGAUGUUUGUUUUGAAAUAAUUUCCAUGAUUGAUGAUUCGUGGUUUAUUUUGAAUAAUUGUUCCUUGAUUUCAAAACAAUUCUUUAAUGUGAUCAAGGAACGUUCAAAACUUGUUAUUGAAUUCAAAAAAAAAUUUACAGAGAAACGAAUUAAAUUAUUCAUGACAAGUCAAUUUAUGAAUAGUAUUGAAAAUGUUAAAUUUUCGAGAAGGUUGCUUGACUCUAUAGAACAAGCCAAAUUCAUAAGUGAAAUGAAACAAUUAAAAUCACUUACUAUUGAUGAAAAUGGAAUUGGUGAUGAAGGAGCCAAAUUCAUAAGUGAAAUGAAACAAUUAACAUCACUUAGUGUUUAUUACAAUCAAAUUGGUGAUGAAGGAGCCAAGUCAAUAAGUGAAAUGAAUCAAUUAACAUCGCUUGAUAUUAGUGGAAAUCAAAUUGGUGAUGAAGGAGCCAAAUCAAUAAUUGAAGUGAAACAAUUAACAUCACUUGAUAUUUAUUUCAAUCAAAUUGGUGAGGAAGGAGCCAAAUUCAUAAGUGGAAUGAAUCAAUUAACAUCACUUGAUAUUAGUGGAAAUCGAAUUGGUGAUGAAGGAGCCAAGUCUAUAAGUGGAAUGAAUCAAUUAACAUCACUUAAUGUUUAUAACAAUCGAAUUGGUGAUGAAGGAGCCAAAUCAAUAAUUGACAUGAAACAAUUAAAAUCACUUAAUAUUGGUGGAAAUAGAAUUGGUGAUGAAGAAGCCAAAUCAAUAAGUGAAAUGAAACAAUUAACAUCACUUGAUAUUUCUAACAAUCGAAUUGGUGAUGAAGAAGCCUAA